AUGAACCGCGAAAUCCCGGGUUAUUACUAUGAUACCGAGAGGAAGAAGUACUUCAAGAUUGAAAAGUCGCAGACGGCGCCUUCAUCAGCGUCAUGGUCAUCAAAUGCUGUCAAAAGGCGUAAAGUUGAGGGUCAAGCCCAACAGGCGGCAAGACAUAGAGCACAUCUCGUGCGGAACCACAUCAAGAGGCACUUCCUCACCCAGGAUGCUGUCGCAUCUGGCCUAAUCGCCAGAGAGAUUGGGCUCCCGUUUUCUGCAGAGCGUGGGCGUGGCAGGAUGGAGGACGGUGAUCUUGGGGCCGCAGCAUGGGCGAACGGUGUGGUGGCCAAGGGGAGCGUGCCGUUUCCGUCUGGGCCCACGAGGACGAGGUAUGCGAAUAUGCCGUGCUUUUACGUUGCGGCGGAGGAUGAAAAGACGGGAUUGGGGGUUGCGUAUGCGACCUUGGAUGAGGAGACGCUGGUGGGAAGUCAUAUUCCCACAGACAGGAACGACAGAAUCCACUUCUCGCGCGAUGCACCCAACUCUUCUGGAAGAGCCCAAGUCUUCCGUACGGAGAUGAUUCGAUGUCCUCAGAUGUCCUCGAUCAAGUAUCAUCGCCCUACGCACAGAAUCCUCUUGACUUCUCGCGAGCCCGAUCAUAGCUGUGGGGUCUACUUCUUCUCACCACCGCUCUCCGAUCCUGAAGACAAGACACGCCCUCAGUGGCGGCUUGGUGAGACAAACCACUAUCAGAGACUCUCUAUCCGCCAUGGUCUCCAUGACGACUGGGUCGUCCACAGCAGCACGCCCGCUCCUCCCUCCUCAGACCUCAUAUGUGUCAUUGGCUCAAACAGUGGCCUGCUCCAAGUCCGCUCCAACGAGAGCCUCUCAGCCAUUGUCCCUAGUGUUACCCCCAAGGGCAUGCAUCUCCCGCAGGAGAUAUUUACGCAGGAUUUUCAGCAGGGGAACCACAAUGUAUUGUUUGCAGGUGGGCGCCAACCGAGGCUCUGGGUAACGGACUUGCGAGCCCCUGAGGCACGGUGGUCGUUUGCAAAACACACGAGUUCGAUCGCGCAUAUGAAGAGUGUGAAUCCGCACCAAGUUCUCGUCUCAGGGCUGCAGAGCUCAAUGGCUCUCUACGACGUGCGCUUUCUGACACGGAACCCCAGGGGGGCCAGGCCACUGCUCAAGUUCCAAGAUCACCAGAACGAUGCGCACUUUCACAUUGGAUGGGAUGUUAACUCGGAUCUCAACGUCAUCGCUGCUGCACAGGACAACGGGACCGUGAAGAUCUUCUCGCUUAAAUCUGGACGGCGGUUGCGGUGCCCAGUCGUGGAUUCGAUCAAUGUCGACUCACCGAUCAAAGCGCUCAUGUUCCAGCGGAUGCCGAGAGAGAGGCUGCCCAGCUUGUUUGUAGGCGAGGGGCCGUCACUGAGGAAGUUUUCGUUUGGGGCCGUGAAGUGGGAGGAUGAAGUUUGA